UACACAAACGACGCUAUACGGUUUCUCCAGUCAGUCGCUUGGCGAACGCUCGUGCGGAAACAUCUGCUGUCAACAUGUCCGAGACGUACAAAGUUGGAGAUCUCGUAUGGGCGAAGAUGAAGGGAUUCUCGCCGUGGCCCGGCCGGGUGUCAAACCCGUCCAAGGACUUAAAGAAGCCCGCGCACAAUAAGAAAUCAGCAAUCUAUUGCAUAUUCUUCUUCGGCACGAAUAAUUAUGGUUGGAUCGAGGAGUCGAAUAUCAAGCCUUAUCGAGAGUUCAAGGAGACUUUCAUCAAGCUAAACAAAAGUGGGACUUUCAAAGAUGCUGUUGAGGCCAUCGAGGAGUUCAUUGCUAAAGGACAGGUGUUUGAGGAUGGUUUGGACCCAGACUCUCUUUUUGACAGACUGAAGGAAGAGAGUAUAAAUGUUGAGAAGAAGAGUCCAAAGAUUACGAAGCCGCGAAAGGAAACACCCAAGGCAAAGAGGAUUGACACGAGUGUGGAGCGUCGUCCAGCGAAAAAGCAACGACGUGAGUCGAGCGCUAGCAACAGCAAUCGCGUUGGCAGUGCAAGUCCAGCAUUGAACCACUCUUCAUUAUCGCCACCGAGAAAAUCAACCUCAACUUUACUUGACAGACCCGCUAACAUUGCCAGACCAGUAACACCACCCCUGGACGUAGAGACUCUCUCGCAGACCCUGAAAGAAAAGAACAUUCUCCCCUCAAAUCUGAAAUUUGGUUUCCUCGGUCUCGGUAUCAUGGGCAGUGGAAUCGUGAAAAAUCUCAUCAACAGUGGACACAGCGUCAUCGUCUGGAACAGAACUCAAGAGAAGUGUCAGGACUUUGUCAAAGCCGGUGCGGAACAGGGACUUACACCAUCGGAUGUUGUUCUAGCAGCGGAUAUUACGUUCUCGUGUGUUGCAGAUCCUCAAGCUGCUAAAGACAUGGUAUUUGGAAAUUGUGGAGUCCUGACAGAAAUAUCCCCGGACAAGGGCUACGUUGAGAUGACGGGAAUUGAUGCUGAAACAUCCCAGGACAUCGCCGAGGCGAUAAAUACGAAAGGAGGACGGUACCUGGAGGCUCAAGUCCAAGGGAGUAAAACUCAUGCCCAGGAGGGUACUCUGGUUAUUUUAGCAGCUGGUGAUAGAUCAUUAUUUGACGAGUGCCAAUCUUGUUUCGAGGCUAUGGGAAAAAAUAGUUUUUACCUCGGGGAAGUCGGCAAUGCCUCCAAGAUGAAUCUUGUUCUUCAGUUGAUGGCUGGAGUAACGCUUGCUGGACUUGCCGAGAGCAUGGCACUUGCUGAUCGCGCUGGACUCCAGCAGAAGGAUGUCCUCGAGGUGUUGGAACUCACCUCAUUGGCAUGUCCAGCCAUUUUGGACAAAGGGAGAGCAAUAAUCGAAGGUGGUUUUCCAACGCAAUUACCCCUUCAACACAUGCAGAAGGACUUGAGAUUGUCCCUGGGUAUGUCAGACCAGCUCGAGCAACCUUUACCCCUGGCAGCAGCAGCCAAUGAAGUUUACAAACAUGCUAAACGCCUGGGCUAUGGGGAACACGAUGCAUCAGCUGUUUAUAUACGAGCCAGGUUCUAACCAGGGCUAUUAUUCAUCGGGGCUAUUUGCUAUAACCGUAUUUAUUGCAAUACCCAAAUGUUCCUCCCCCCAGAGGCAGAUUGACAUGUUAUGAAAAAAAUAUUUCAUUACCAAUAAAAAAAAGUUUUUAAUAACUUUAGAACGAUUAUUUGAAGAUGAUUACGUGAGAAAUUCAAUAUGCGCAAUUGCCAAAGUCUUUGGAGACUGCUUCGGGGGCUUGUCGCACUGGGGAAAAUUUGUAACAUUCGCGCAUUCAUCACUUUCACGGAUUUCUUUAAUAGUAGAUUUUCCUAAUGAACUUCAUUUUUUUUUGUUAGUAAAUAUAUAGUAUUCGAUGGAUUUGUAGAAUGAAAUUGCGAACGAUCGGAGUUGAGGCCAAUUAUAAUAUUUAGGGAAUUUUAUCCGUUAGUUUUUUUUUUUAAGAAUUACAGGGUCUUUCCUGAAGGGGUUUUCUAGAUCUCACGAGUGCAGCCUAUCAUUGUAGACAGUUUUCUUUAUUUGACAUUUGUGGAAUUGAUUUGAUCUGCAAAUUGUUGACUUAAAUUAUCAUGAAGAACAUUUUUUUUUUUUUAUACAUAUAUUGCUACAAUAAUUGACGUGAAAUUAUGGGAAUUUUUGAGAAUGUGCCUUAGGAUGUCACUCGAUCGAGGAAAACAAUUUGUAAAUUCAUCGAAAGUUAUUUGAAUAGCAUUUUUUUUAUGAAGCAGUCAUUGUUUCACAAUGUUAAUUUUUCUGUGGAAUCUGAAUAUUUUGUUUGGGGGGUCAGAAUGACGAGGUUGAUUUAUCUGGUGCAAUGACUUGUUUAAUUACGACAACGGGACCAGAUUGUGUAUUUUUUGGGGCCGAUACAGAUACGUCAGACGAGGAAUUAUGGAACAAAUGGUAUUUCAAUGAAAUACGGAACAAAUACAGUAAUUGCAUUACAAUUAACGACGUUAAGAAUAUUCGUGAUGACCUCGAGAAUUUUGUUUAUGGAUUUAAAUGAUUUGAUAAGACCUGUAAUUGACUUUUUAUUAGCAUAAUUGAUGAAAUAAUAAAGGAAUAAUAAUGAAAAUGAUAUUUUUGAUGUGUUGAUGAUUAUGGAAUUGAGGCAAUAAUGAUUUUAAGUGCUAAAUUUGAACUCAGUUAAGAAAACCCGAUCGUUGGCUAAUUUCUCGACAAAAAAACUUGAUAAAUUCGAGCCACUGUUGUGAGAGGAGAUCAAUUCGAAAGUUACUUGUAUUUUUUUCCCCCCCUAUUUCUUUCUAUAAUUUCUCCAAUAAUACUGUUGGCGUGUCGGGAUAACGCUCGAGAUUCGAUUUUUCUGAGGAAUUUGUGUGGCUCUGAAUCAAAAGCGGGCACCUCUCACCGGAACAAUAGGAGGAAAAGGUUUUCUUGAAAAAGUCUACAAUAAAAGUCUAGAUCAAUAUCGGAAGGUGAAAACCUGUUUUCGAUUUGAAUGAGUGUAAUUCCAGUUAAAUGGAAUAGUUUCCAAUGCUUUUGAAUUGCCACUGAAACGCAAUUGUCUCCUACAGUAUAUUAUAAAAUUGGUUUAAUCUAAUUUCUCACACCAUUUAAUUUUUCCGUCGUUGAAUGGAUUUAAUUGGUGUUCUUUAAUUGGGUGGUCCACGCCUGACCAUUGACGAGUCGUAUGUAAUUUAAAAUUAUUCGUACCUCCUUCAGUGGCAAAUGAAGGUCGCGACUCGUAGACUCACUCGUAAAGAUAAAAAAUAUAUAAAAAUAAUUCAUAAUGAGAUCAGCAGAAACAAUUGUAAAGCUGUUGAACUAUGAAACAGUAAAUAACUGAGGAAAAAGGAAAUAAUUAUUGUAAUUGAUGACAAAGGCGAGAGAUAUAUAUAUUAUAAGGUGAUAAAAUUCGUGGGAUAUCAUAGGUGUGUGUGGAAUGAAUGAAAUGGUUCAGAAAUAAUUUUUUUUAAAUUAUGAGACUGCAGAUGACACAGUGGAAUGACCAUCGAGGGAAGAUUAUUACUGUUUUUUGAGAGGAGAUGAAAUAAUCAUCUCCUCUGGGUUGGUGAUGACAGCUUUGAAGUAUGAAUUGAAAAGUCUAUUAAGGGGUUCCUCGCUUCAGUUCUAUAUUUACAAUAAAGGAUUUUUUUAAGUGUA